AUGGCUACAGAGGUGGAAAUCAACCCCUUUAGACCCGGUGGUGAACUCUCUAAAGAAGUAGAUGACAUCCUGAAAAAUUCCUAUAUCUCAAGGGAUACAAUAAUUAUAAAUGAUCCUGCUUUACGCCGUGCUAAUGGGAAUCCUACAUCUGUGGACGGUGUCGUACCAAAUAAUAUCCACAUUAAAAGCGGUGACUCAUCGUUUAAAUCCCAGGCUUCCAACGGUCCUAAUAUUGCGGACAUUUCUUCACACUCAUCCGGUCCAGUAACCUUCCAACAACAUUUCAGUCUGAGCAAGUUGAACAUGUUAAUAUUAAAAGAAGUCGAAAACCUACCAAGUGUUGCGUUCUCCAGUAAGACUAGUGUGCACAGAGUAAAAGAUAUAAUUGACAAUCGGAAAAAGUAA